AGUGAUCUCCCCAGAAACCAUCUAUCCGUGCUCCUUUUUUGCGAGUUCUAUCCUACCUUUCGUUUGGUGAGACCCGCGCUUUUCGAAUCGUUUUCGAGUACUUCAAUAUCUGCUCUACCAUGCCCCUUGGUAUUCUUGAGGAUGCUAAGCUGGAGCAUGUCCCCGGCACUGCCCCGUUGAACGAGGUUGGCCGUGAAGACCUCAAUCUAUCCGGCGUCGAUGCUGGUCUCUUGAAACAUGAUCCUACAGGGGAAAUUGUGCUCGUCCCUCAACCGUCUGACUCUCCUAAUGACCCCUAUAACUGGCCGCGGCGGAAGAAAGAACUAUUUACAGUCGCAUUUGCCUGGUCGUGUGGUUGCGUAGGAGCUGUCGGACCGCUUCUGGGAGCAGCCUUUGUUCCACUGGCAGCAGAUUUCGGUAUUCCACUUACAGAUUUCGUUUCCGGGGUUCAGGGCGGCGUGAUUGCCGCAAUUGCAGUUGGAAGUUUGAUAUUCAACAGUCUGGCAGUAAAAUAUGGCAAGAGGCCUAUAUACUUAGCUACAACCGUCGGCCUGAUGGUGUCAUGCUUCUGGGCUGCAGAAGCGCGCAGCUUCAGAUCACUGGUGGCUGCUCGAGUUCUCACGGGCCUAUGUAUGGCGCCUCUGGAAGCUCUUGUUCCCGCUUCCAUUGCGGAUAUCUGGUUCGUUCAUGAGCGUGGCUUUCGCACAGCGAUAUUCAACCUGGGAGUCCUAGGCGGUAUCAACCUGGCCACACCUAUCGCCGGUGCAAUUAUUGAAUAUGGAUCGUACCGAAUAACUCUCCAUUCUAUGGGAGGCGCGUUUGCGAUAGCGCUGAUCAUGGUCUUCUUCUGGAUGCCCGAGUCAGCCUUCGUCAGGCACGACGUCCUGAAUAUUGAUACAGGGAACAAAGUAGUCGUCGCAGAAGAAAUCAAAAGCAAAGUCGAAUUAAUAGAACGAUCAGAAAGCAAGACAAGCUCGCCCACAACUACGCGUUCGGGAGAGAAACCUAUUUCUUGGGCGAAAGAGUUGCUCCCAUACAACGGCUAUGUCAACCAUGUAUCAUUUUGGAAUACGCUGGUCCGCCCUUUCUACCUUCUUGCUUCUCCUGCUGUUGUGUGGGCCACUCUUCUCUUCACCACGUGUAUCUCGUGGCUGGUGGGCAUCUCGAUCACACUGUCUCAAAUCUUCUCCGCUCCACCAUACAACUUUUCGGUUGGUGCUGUGGGCGCUACAAACAUGGCUUCUUUCGUGGCAUCGCUCAUUGGUACGAUUAUUGCCGGACCCCUGAUUGACGGCGUCGUUAAAAGAAUGUCGAAAUGGAACAACGGCAUAUUUGAACCAGAAUUCCGUCUUCCUAUCAUGAUCACCUAUCUUGUCUUUACAGCCACUGGCUUUUUCGCAUGGGGCCAGUCUGCCCAUGCGCAAGAUCCAUGGCCUAUCCCCGUCAUUGUCUGCUUAGGACUCAUCAACUUGGGCGUCCAACUAGGUACCACCGGCGUCGUAGCCUACGUAGUUGACUGUCACCGUGAGAAAGCCGGCGAGGCAUUUGCCACUAUGAACUGCAUCAAGAAUUUCUUCGCUUUCGGUAUGACGUUCUACAUGAACGGAUGGAUCGCAAGUCAAGGAGUGAGGAAUACGUUCUUUGUGAUCGGUGGUAUUACUGCAGCAGUGAGUCUGCUCACUAUUCCGAUGUAUAUUUGGGGCAAGCGAGCGAGGAGCUGGGUCUAUCGCCAUGAGAUUGCGAGCAGAAUUUAGUUGAUUGGAGGAAUGUGAAAUAAUUAUGACUAUUUUUGAAAAGUGAAUAUUCUAUUCUCGAGUACGACAACAAAAUCUUG